AUGCCGUCGUCACGAGACCUCGAGCUCAGCAGCUCCGCCGAUGCGCCUCUGGCGUCCCGAGCUCUGUCCACAUGCGCCCCAGAGACCUGUUCACCCGCGUCUUCUACUGCGUCCGCGUCCGUCUCUGACGUGUCGACAGCAGCCACUGAUCCCCCGACGUCUCGGAGCGAGUGUGGCCAGACCACGAAGCACGACGACGACGCCCUUCAUACCCGUCACGACGACGACCCCGAGAGCGCCCAACUCGAGCGUCAACUUCGCGACGAAAUGAAAAAGAGGAGACCCGAUCAUUUUGUCAUUCGGGCAGCGUGUCGCUCGCUCGGUGGUGUGCCGUCAGAGCUGCGCGCGCAAGUGUGGAAAGAGCUACUGGGCGUGGCUCGCAGCGAGCGCUUGUACUUGGACCGGAGUAUUUUGCAGGUGCAGGAAGACCUGGACAAUCAGCGCGUCAUUGCAGCGGAUGCAGCGCGCACUCGGAGCAAUGAACAUCGAUUCCAAGCGCCAGAGACAGUGGAGCUGGUUGUCAAGCUGCUGACGUACUACUGCAAGUGUCGCAGUAUCCAAUACAAACAGGGCAUGAACGAGGUGCUAGCGCCCUUUCUGCUUCUCACUGAGCAACGGAAAGACGACAACGACCGUGUUCCAUUGGCUGAGGGCGUGGUGUUCCAGUGCUUUUACGCGCUCAUUGACCAUUUCUUGCCCCAGGUGUUCGUGGACAAAGAGUUUAAGUCGUUGCAGUGCUCGUUUCAGCUCUACCGGCUCUUGAUGCUGUACCACGACCCCGAGUUAUGUCAUUACCUGGACCAGCACGAUAUGACGCCGGAACUGUACGUGACCCCGUGGUUCAUGACGUUGUUUGCUCGGUCGUUACCACCGGACCUUGUCUUUUGUCUGUGGGACCUUUUUCUGCUUGAAGGAGAUCCGUAUAUGCUGCACUUUGUUGCGUACGCACUUGUGGCAGCAAAUCGUAAGCAGAUUUUCGAAGCAGAGUUUGCUAUGCUCCCACAGGUGCUAAGUUCGCUAACGUUCUCUUCGCGGCACGAGUUGGAGCAAGUUUGUGCCAGUGCGCGAGCAAUUCUAAAAUUGACCCCGCAAUCAUUCAAGCGUGACUUGUACUCGGUUUGCUAUGGUGGCUUUACAAGUGCCAUGGUGCCGUUUCUGGAUCAGAUAUACGCCUGUUCCAGUUUGCGAGUAUACCCGGAGGAACUUGUCCGCAAUUUGCGGCAUGGAAUACGGGCAAAAAGAAAAGAAAAGCGCACAACAGCGGUGUCAUCUGCUACUUUGGCUACGCAAGAAGAGGUUGAGGGCGCUCAAGGUUUGCUUGAUCCGUUACGAUCUCCGCUGGGUGACCAAGCCCCAUUGCUGUACGUUUCAGGAAGCGAUGGCGAAAAUGGGUCAGCACCGCUGAGAUUUGUCGUGCUUGAUUGCCGGUCUGCUGAUGAGUACCACAAGUCGCAUUUGAUCCUGUCGCAUCACGUUGAUCCAAGUGUAAUGGGACAGCCAGAUGCGCUUGAUGCGUUAGUAAAGGGUUUUUCUCGCAUGAAAGGCUGUCAUUUUUGCUUCGUUGGUCCCUCGAUCGAUUCGCCGUCAUUUUUGACGCGUUCUUCGUCCAAGAAUGCAGCUUUGAAUUCAGCUGUGCGUCUAGCGAGAGUUAUUUCCAAUGACAAUCCACAGUGCUUGACGGUCCAUGACCCUAUUCAGAAGCGCGCCGACGUUGGCGAACAAGCGAAAGUCGCAGGUACGACAACAGUGCCGUCAACUGAUCCUGUGACGUUGUCUCGCAAGCAAAGCCCUGCACCAGAAUCUGGUGCAUUGGCCAGCGAACUUACCAGUUAUGAGCUGUCCAAGGUACAUGCAGAGCAUCUGUCUGUGACACGACUUGUGCAGGUAUUUUUGCAAAAUGGAUUCAAGUACGUAAGCGGGCUUGCCGGUGGUUUCGAUGAGUUAGAAAAGAGCAUUGCUGGCAUGGAUGUGCAGGCACAGCAGCAGCUCCUGGUGUCGUCUCUGCUUCCCACGCUAACAUUCGAGAAAACGGUCGUGCCUGAUUCGACUGGAACUUCUCCAGCGGGGUCAAGCUUUUUAGCUAAAAUGGGUCUACGUCGAUCGUAUACAAUAUCCCGAGAUGCUACGAAUGCUGAUGUAAUGAACGGGAUCAGUAGUCGGUCCAGUGUCGACACGGCACAGCUUGCUAGAACGGCGAAGUCUUUUGCAUCGCCUUUGAAGAGUAGUCGCAUUCGCGACAGGGAGGUGACGGGAAAGAAGAAGAAAAAAGCAACGACUGCGGCAAGUUCUGCUGCACCAACAUUUUCCCAGCGCCUCACGCUAUUAAAAGCAGCAGCCAAAGACGCCGUGUCAUCGGCUCCACGCUCAGUUACUCGGACUAGUAAUUCUUCCCUUGCCAAGGCAAAAGGCACUGGAGUGAAUGAUUUGGUGGACGGAUGUGGCAAGGCAGCUGAUGUUGCCGGGGUGAUUACUGAUGUCGAAAUUCAGCCCGGUCCUAUUGGGAUCUCGUUUCGAAAAUCUUGUACGUCGAAGAUAUAUUAUGCUGCCGUUGAUAGCUUAGUACCGGGUAGUCAAGCUUGUGCAACCGGUCUAGUUCACGCCGGCGAUUUGCUAGUUUCUAUCAACGAAGAUAGCAUGAAGGGCAUCACAUUUUUGAGUGUCAUCAAGCUUAUAAUUGAAGCAUCCCGACCCGUGGUGUUGCGCUUUCUCACUCCGGUUCGUACGGAUGAGGAUGCAAUCGCGCCUGGUCCGGGCACAAUCUCGCCGCUGGCUCCGACACUGGUUAGAGCGACGAGACACUCCAUCUACAUCACGUGGGAUGAAACAGACGCCUCGUUGGCACCGGGCAAGGUUCCAUUGUAUCAACUCCAGUUUGCGAAGCAAUCCGGCGAUGACUGUGGUCCUUGGGUUCCAGUUGCGAUCGAGCUGGACGUAACAAUUACUCACGUGGAUGCGAACGGCGUCACUGACCAGACGAACGGUACAAUGGUUGGUCUUAACCCCGGUGAUUCGCUAGUUUUUCGCGUGCGCUGUGGAUCGAACAAUCGGUGGGGUCCUUUUAGUCCAUCGAGCAGUUCUAUGAAGACGCUGGACGCCGGGGCAGUGAGCGAGCGAGAUGCUGGAUCUGCUACCGUUACGCCAGUGCUUGCAGGUCGCGAUGAUUUAGCUUCUGCACGUUUUCAUCCUGGGGUUUGUUUUGAAGUUGCCGAACAAGGUGCAUCGGUCUGCCAAGAGCCCCUGACGACGCAAGCACGCCGCCAUCCGGAUCGUAGUGCCGAAAACGUGGACAUCGUACUGGACAGGGGUCAGCCCAUUCAGGGUUUUGAAAGCUCUGGCUCGAAUCAGAUAUUUGUUCGCCUUGCAUCCGACAGUAGUGGGAAAAAUGGCGAUCAAGACAAAAGUAUCGACGAUAGUCAUGGCAAGCGGUCGGUAUUCCGUUCCGGGCAUAGGGAUGCAGAUGGCAAAGCUGACGGCAUGUGGGCUUUUGAAAGCACGCCUCAGGGUGGAGUGGUUCUUCAACGGCUUCCCGGAUCUAGUACCAAAAGCGUUGGACCGAUGCUGCAGGAGCCGACCCAGUCUAUAGCUCACGCCUUCCUCCGGUCACACGCUUUUCAAUCCACCAGCGGGAACAUCGGCGCCAAUGCCAGCACAACGAGCGCAGCAAUUAGCUCGGUGGUUUCUACCACGGUCAGCAGCACAAGCGUCGUCAGUGCUGCUUCAUCUUCCCGUUCUCCUGCCCCGCCUUCCAAUUUACAGGUGCUUCCUGUAUCAGGCUCAGAAGUCACACUUACGUGGGAGAUGGCAAAGGAUGUAGGAGUGACCAAGUAUCAGAUCCAGUACGUAAAGGACCGGUUGGCUGCCAUGUGGCGGACAGUUGACGCUGAUAUUGGUGCCGAAACAGUCGAACACUCGGUCACGAACUUGCAGUCAAACACAUUGUACCUGUUUCGAAUUCGCAGCGGGACAGACGACAAGAGAUGGGGUCCAUACAGCGAGUUGAGCGAAAGUUGUCGUACACUACCUGGCAUUGCACGAUCUGGGAACAGUGCAUGCAGUCACGAAAGUGGAAGUACAUCCAGUACUCGACAGCCUGCAAGCAGUGAUGAAAAUGAACGGCAACCGGUAGUACGAGAACUGCGACGUGCAUCAGCGCGGACUGCAGGCACUAUUCUAGACAAAGCAAAAGCCGCAGCGCUACGGCUCAAAUCGGGGCCGAGCAGCUCGAGCAGUCAUGACGCUGAGGUUCAAACGAAUGAGGAACCAUCGAAGAACAACGACGGUGAGGAUGUCGAUGAGAUGCAAAGUCAUGACGAAGAUGAAAAGAGCGAGUUGACACUACCGGAAUCUCGAUUCGUGAAUUUGGCAAAGUGGAAGUCGUCAUUGAAUGAUGCGCACAAAGACUUCCGCUUCUACCAUGUCACCAAAUUUGAAGAGGAGGGAGAACUACUUCCUCGACAGUUGAGUCGUCUGGGUCACCGGGAGCUGGUUGUCACUCCAUCGUUGCUCGUCGUUCUAAACGUGAUGGCGGCAACGCAAGAGGGGUUUGCGCUCGUUGAAGAAUGGCGGUCGUUAACGUCACUCGCAAAGAUCGCCGAGCAGGAUGGUCUGGUCAACUCACUCGUCUUUCACUUCAAGGAUGAAUGUCAGAUCGAUAUGCCAGAGAACGGAGACUCAAGCGGUCGGCUAAUUGUCGUUGUCGAAGGGGCUAAAGCUUGCGCGGAAGUUGUACAAGCGUAUCAUGCCAAGUGUUUGACUGAAUGUAAGUAA